UUUUUUUGUGGCUUGGACGUGGUGAUUGAGUGUGAUAUGGAUGGCGGGUGAGCGGAUAUGAUUGACAACUGCGCAGAGUCUCUCGAAGUCAGCUCAGGACUAGCCGCAGCCAUGCCUUACAACAUUGCUAUGGUCAGUGACUUCUUCUUCCCCCAACCAGGUGGGGUGGAAAGUCACAUCUACCAGCUCUCGACCAAGCUCAUCGAUCGCGGACACAAGGUCAUCAUCAUCACACAUGCGUACAAAGGGCGGACGGGGGUGCGAUACUUGACAAACGGACUCAAGGUAUACCAUGUCCCAUUUUUCGUGAUUCACCGGGAGUCGACCAUGCCGACGGUCUUCUCGUUCUUUCCGAUCUUCCGCAAUAUCGUCAUCCGCGAACAAAUCCAGAUCGUGCAUGGCCAUGCGAGCUUGAGUAGCUUCUGUCAUGAAGCCAUUCUCCAUGCGCGCACCAUGGGUCUUCGGACAGUGUUCACCGACCAUUCGCUGUUUGGCUUUGCGGAUGCGGCAUCCAUCUUGACCAACAAACUGCUCAAGUUCAUCCUGAGUGAUGUUGACCAUGUUAUUUGUGUCAGUCAUACUUGUAAAGAGAAUACAGUGCUUCGAGCCUCCCUGGACCCGCUGAUGGUGUCUGUGAUCCCGAACGCAGUGGUGGCUGAGAACUUCCGGCCGGCAGAACCUCGGUCGGUAAAGCCCAUCGGCCCUAACGACACUAUCACGAUCGUUGUCAUCUCCCGUCUCUUCUACAAUAAGGGUACCGAUCUGCUCAUCGCGGCUAUCCCGAGAAUCCUCGCGUCGCACCCGAAUGUACGGUUCAUCAUUGCGGGGUCCGGUCCCAAGGCGAUCGAUUUGGAGCAGAUGUUGGAGCGCAACGUGUUGCAGGACAAGGUUGAAAUGCUGGGACCAGUCCGGCAUGAGGAGGUUCGGGACGUCAUGGUCCGUGGCCACAUCUACCUUCACCCUAGCUUGACCGAAGCCUUCGGCACCGUCAUAGUCGAGGCCGCCAGCUGCGGACUGUACGUGGUGUGCACACGAGUUGGUGGUAUCCCCGAGGUGCUGCCUCAGCACAUGACGACGUUCUCAAAGCCCGAGGAGGACGACAUUGUUCUAGCAACUGGCAAGGCCAUCGCUGCCUUGCGGUCGAACAAGGUGCGGACGGAUCGUUUCCAUGAUCAAGUGAAGAUGAUGUAUUCCUGGACCGACGUUGCCCAGCGCACCGAGCGAGUCUACCAGGGGAUCUCCGGGGAUAUUAGCCCGGAGGAGUUUUACGGAUACUACCCAGGCGAGGGACUGGAGGCUAGCGGCGACCGUGUGCGGAGCUUUGCGCUGAUCGACCGGCUCAAACGAUACUAUGGAUGUGGUGUGUGGGCAGGCAAGCUCUUCUGCCUGUGCGUGGUGAUUGACUUCCUUCUCUACGCCUUCUUGGAGAUGUGGUUCCCACGAGCGAACAUCGACAUUGCACGCAGCUGGCCGAAGAAAAUACACCAACGGAACGACAACCACCCACUCGGGAACAACCAGAAGAACGACCGCGACCGCCUACAUGCCAACUGACCAAGAUCCUUAUCUUUCUUCACAAUGUCAUUUACGUUGACCAUUACCGAUCCACAUUUUUCGGCUGUUCAUAGACAACCUUCAGAUACCCUUCAUGACAAGCAUCAUUGAAUUCUUUUCUCAU